UAGAACAUAAGAAGUAAGCUUAAAGUGAAACCAAACACAAGCUGCUGGGCGGAACUGUACUGAUACAAAGAUGUGUUCACCUCUUCAAAAGAAAGCUUUAGCUCCGUACAUAAAGAGCUUGGAAGAUCAAAGAAAUGCAUUACAUCCUACGCUAGAUACCAUAAAUAAAGCUAUUGAUGAAUGCAGCUUAUGGAUUUCUGAAAAAGAUGGCAGCAAAAAACCUUUUGGUGAAAUGAUGCAACAAUUAGAAGAAAUAACUAAUUCAAAUUUCAAGACUUAUUCCUUACUUUUGGGAAAAUUUCAGAUAGAUGAUGAUGAUCAAACAUAUUCAGAAAAGUUCACAACACCAACAGUCGUAACUACAGAUCAACUACAAAAUCUAUUGCGAAAAAUGGAAUCCACUGAUAGAAAAGCUGAGUUACUUGAACAAAAGUGUCUUCACUUAGUCAAAAAUCUUGAUACGUUAAGUAUCAAUAAAAAAAGUUUUGAGAAAUCUUACAAAAAGAAAUCAAAGUAUCACGAAAAACGUACAGCUGAAAUUGAAGAAAACAUAAAAGCAUUGACAGAAAGAAUGGAGGCUCAAACUGAAUUGCUAACUACACAUUCUGACCAAAUGAAACAAAACACUGCAUCGGUGAAUGAAAUUAAGAUACUAAUCUCUAGUGAUCAGAAGCAAUUUCAAGAAAUAGAAGAAAAUGUUCAAACACUUUUAAGACAAUCAAACGAAAGCGAAGCAACAGUGAAUGCAAUGUCAGAAAAACAGCUCCAAUUAACUUCAAAUUUAAAUAAUUUGGAAAUAAAGUAUGGGACACUAUGCCAAGUGCUUGCAAAAAGAUGUAAUGUUCUUGAUUAUGUGAAAGAUGGCUUAAGUAAAUUCUACGUAUCAAGAGGGGAUACCUUUUUGAAGUUAAGCGACAGAAUAUCUGCUAUAGAAGAAAGGAGCAAUACUUCAUUAGUUGGAUUUAGUGUGGACGUUCAAGAUUGUGACUAUAACCCCAAAUCUGGGGAUAUUAUAACAGAGUUUUCUACAGUAAACUUUAACAACGGGGGCCAUUUUAAUACCAGUACUGGAGAAUUUACCGUCCCCUCAGAUGGAGUCUAUUGUGUUGGUUUCACUAUGUAUGGUGUUGACAAGGACAGGGAAGCCGCUAUUAUAAUAAUUCUACGACAAGCAGACAACGAACCUUCACCCGACAAUCAAGCCACAUGUUUUGACAAGAAUGAUGAUAAUUUAAUCACUCCAUCGGACAAUGAUGAACAGAGUGAUAUAAAUUAUCAUAGUUUCAGUAUCCAAAGCUAUACGCAACGUUUUCUAGCAGUUGAACCAUUUUACAAGGGUGAUAAGUUGUUUUUGAAGUAUAAUACAAACGGUGAAUGUAUAGAUAUGCCAGAGUUCUCAUCAUUCACAUGCUAUAAAAUACACGAUUGCAAUAAUGAACGCAAAACAGAGACUGAAACGUCUGAAAAUUAAAGCUUAAAGCUUUUUAAAAGUGAGAAUCAAAAUCCUCUUUAUCAUUUAACUAAUUACAAAAGAUCAACAAAUUAUAUUUAUAAACAUAUACAUAAAAACGUUUUAAUAAUAAGCUUUAAUGUAAAAAUGCACUAAAAUCGAAAAAAUAAAUUAUCUUCUGUAAGUAUAUAAUAAUUAACUACUAUUUUAAUAAAUAAAAAGAAAAGUGUAAGAGGUUAUUGGCCUAAAUCUGCGAGUUACAAUCGUUGGAUUUGACUUAGGCGUCACAGGAAAUAAUUCUACUUCUCCUUAUUACUUUUUCAAAUGAACAGUGUAAAACAAAGUCAUGCAUGUAUGUCGUUAGCCUUUAAAGGUUUUAAAAAAAAAUAAAGCCAAUAAACUCUUGAACUAAUUGACACACAAAAUAAUCCGGAUUGGUAAGGAGUGGCUGUACUGUGGUUGACUUAUUAGUAAUACAUUAAUUUUAAUAGUUUUUUAAGCGCCUUAUAAACUACUUUUUAACCCUUCAUUUGAACAAUGUAGCAUUUUUGUGUCCUCGAUAAUGUAGCCUACAUAAAAUAUUCCAGUGCCUUACUAAAUUUUGGGUAUUUAAAAAUGAAUUAUGAUAUUGUUUUUUUUUUAAAUAUGUUGUUCGUAAUGCACCUAAACGCAUAUAAAAGUAGCUUAUAAUUAAGGUAAAAUUUAUCGUACAUUUUUUUUGUUUCAGUAUUCAUAUUUUACUUGUGUACACUU